AUGACUAGAGAAGAAUCCGAUCAAACUCCAUCUCAGAGUCUUAACUCGGAUAAUAAUCAUGCUCAUGUAUCUUCAUCUUGGAUACGAUUUCGUAAUGACUGUAAAUCUAACAUUAUUAGUAUUCUAGGUUUAAAUGGUGACACCGAAUCUAAAAAAAUUCCGGAUAAAUUGUUUUUUCAAGGAAGACAAGCAUUAUCUACUUGGGAAAACAAAAUAUUACCGAAUAUUUAUCAUCAACAAAUGACUUCAGAUCAGAGUGAAUUAUUUAAAAUUUUAAAGAAUUAUCUUGAUCGACAAUGGAGUACAACCACUUAUGAUUGGUUUCAACGAUUUGUUCAUGAACAAAAGAUAAUUUCACCAAAUAUUUAUGAUCAACUCUUGACUCGUACUGUAGAUAAUGGAUUAAAAUUUCUUCAAGAUAAUUUUUAUUUAUCCUUAACUAUUCGAUUUCUCUUCGAUGUCAAAGAUCAAACUAAAAUAUGGGAUAUAUUGACUACUCAGGGUCUUCAAGGUAUUAAAAAAUAUCAAAAUGAUGUUACUUCGAAAUUGAAUGAAAAACUACUCGAUAAUAAUCAACAUGUUUUAUAUUUGGCUUUAGAGGAUUACUUUCGUAAGCCAUUGAUCGAUUUAUUUAAACAAAGUAAUCUGAAUAAUAAUCAAUCACGUUUUAUUGAACUUGCACUAAAUUGUGUUGUUAAUAAUGGAUGGAAUGGUUUAAAUGACGAAAAAAUUCGUGAUGAAGUUUCACCAAAUAAUUUCAAUAAAUUAAUCGAAAAUUUACCAUCCAUUUCCAAUACUUCUCCUGUUACAUUUCCGACCAUUAGUACUACUACUACUCAACAGCAAUUAGUUCAUCCUUCACCAUCAACUGAACAACAUAUACAAAGAAAUGAAUCCGAAAUGAAACCUAAGAUAAUGAACAUAGUGAAAAAUUUAAGUUCACCAAGUACCCCAUCUAGUCCAUUUGAAGUAUUUAAUACAAACGUGAUAUAUGAUGAAUCGGGAUAUGAUGUCGAUUUGAUUGUUCAUCAAAAAAAUGAAUCACUUUUAACAACUCCGGAUAUUAUUAUUGAGGAUAGAGAUGAAGAAGAACCAACGGAAGCAAAUGGAAUUAUUUCAAAAUUUAUGAAUAAAAAAGAAAAACUACAAUUAUCUGAUUUAGUUCAAGCUGGUGAAUUCAUAUAUAUGAAUAAAAAUUUUAAUCAAGUUAUAAAUAAAAUAACUGAAGAUUACAAAUCCAAUCAAAAAUUCUCACUAUUCAUUAAUUCUUGUUUUAUUCCAUUAAUGUAUUUACUCAAAAGACAUCAAAAUCUUGACGAUUUUAUUGAUAUGUUAUUUUUAAAAUAUUUCAAAAUUUCAUCAUCAGCACCAUUAAGUUUAAGUUUAAGGAUGUUAAUCGAUCUUUUAUUACUUCGAUCAGAUUUAUCAUUAUCACGAAAGAUUCUAUUAUUAUUAAGUAAACGAAAUCCAAUUCCAUUUCUACAACCAUCAUUACGAUUUGUUUCUGAUAUUAUUCAUAUAUGGAAUUAUUCAGUUCCGACUCUUUUAUCAUUUGGCAUUGGUUCAUGUCAAGGAAAAUCUCUUCUACUUAAUCAAAUAUUUUUAUCUUCUUUUGAGCAAUCAGUUUCAAGUCUUUAUUUUGAAAAUACAAUUGAUAUUGAUUUUGGAUAUAAUUUUUUACCACGACGAUCAAUAAAUAUUGCUGAUAUUCAUGGUUCAAUAACAAAAUUAAUAUUAGAAAAAGUUUAUCAACUUUUCAAUGGAUUUCUUAUUCAUGUAGAAUAUUCAUAUAUUCAAAAUAAUCUUCCUGUUAUUCAUGAUCUAUUAAAUUUAGUUAAUAAUACUAAAAAAUAUCGAUUAUUAAUUAUUCGAGAUGUUUUAAAUCAAAACCAAGAUCAAUGUCGAAAAUUUUUAUUCAAAGAAUUUCCUGAUAUUGAAAUAUUUAUCCUACCAAAUGUUUCUGAUCAUAAUAAAAAAGAAAAUAAAAGUUCUAUUGUUUUAUUACGUGAUAAAAUAUUUGAUCAAAUACCAAAAGACUGUCUUAAUCAUCCAGGCUUUAUGAAAAAUGAAUUAUUACAAUUAAUUAAUCCACAAUAUAAACAAUAUUUGAUACAAAUAUCUCAAACUAUAAAACCUUUAAUAACUCAUCUGUCUCAUCUAAUCAAUAAACCCAAAUUGGUAUCAAACUAUCUUCCUGAAUAUCUUAAAUUUGUUAAAUUAUGUGAAUUAAGAUUAAAAUUAACACAUUUGAAUUUUUAUGGAAGUGAUAAUGAUGCGAUGAUCUAUGAACUUCGUCAACGAAUUUUUCAAUUAGAAAAUAUUCCUCAAACAAACCAGAGAUUGCUUAGUAUUAUAUAUCAAUUAUUCUUCAAAGUUUUAACAGCAUCAAAUAGUUUAACCUGUUUAGAUGCAAUUAAUACUGCAUUAAGACAACAACGUAUUCAAUUAGUUUCAACAGGUGAUAUGGCUAAAGAAUUACCUAUUGAAAAAAAUUUAUCUUUAGAAGUUUUAUGGCGUAAUGCUAUUGUUUGUAGUCAAUAUGAAUCAGAAAAUGAUCAGAAAUUUCUACAAGAUAAAUAUUAUCAAUAUAUUAAAGCCGGUUAUCCAUUUGAAAUUAUUGAUGGAGACAAUUUCCAUUUUCAACAUUCAUUUUUAUUGAAAUCUUUAACGCCUUUUCAAAAUCGACGAACUUUAGUCAUUAGUAUCAUUGGACCACAAAAUUCUGGUAAAAGUACUUUAUUAAAUUACAUGUUUGGUACAUUAUUCGAUGUUCGUGAUGGUCGAUGUACUCGAGGUAUUUAUGGAUCAUUUGUUAAAUCAAAUCGAUCUGAUUAUGAUUAUAUUUUAUUAAUUGACACAGAAGGUUUAUUAGGCAUCGAAAGAGAAGAUAAAGAAUAUGAUCGUCGAAUAGUUUUAUUUUGUUUAGCUGUUUCACAUAUUGUGAUUGUUAACAUGGUUGGAGAAGUUAGUGCAACAUUACAAGAAAUGUUAAAGUUAUGUGCUGAUUCAUUAGAUAAAAUUGGUGCAACAAUAAUUCCACGACCAAUUGUUCAUUUUAUUUUAAAUCAAAAAGCAGAUUUAAAUAUUGAUAACAAUAAAGCAGCUAUUGAAAAGAUUAUCAAUGAUUUGAAACGAGAAGGUCUAGAUAAAUCAAUUGAUAUUCGAAAAGAAACAUUUCAUACACUUCCAUCAGCAUUUCAAAAAGAAGGACAAACAUUAAUAUGGAAAAAAACAUCAUUGACUCAAAUAAAAACAGCACCAGAAUUUAUUGAAAAUGUUCAAUUAUUAUUUGGAAGAAUUUUUAAUUCAAUUCAGUUAACAGAUAUAUCUGAUCCUCUUCAAUGGUUAUCAUCAUCAGUAACAAUAUUUGAAACAUUACAAAAAUUUUCUGAUUUAACUUAUUAUCGAAAUAUUCACGAACAACGUUUAGAUAAUCAAAUACGUGAACAUAUUCGAGAAACAUUAUUGAAAAUGUUUUCUAUUGAUUAUCGUAAUGAAUUAAUUCUUGAAACAACAAAUAAGGAUAAAGAUGAAAUUCAAAAACUUUUUCUUCACAAACAAAAUCAGAUUGAAAAACAAACUCAAAAUGAUCUCGAAGAUUUAUUUAAAUUACUAAAAGUACCUGAAUUACUUCGAAAACGGAAUCAACAAUUUCUUCAUGUACAAAUUAUCGAAAUGUUUCAUACUAUACAAAUAUCAGCUAUUGAAAGCAAUCGACGACUACAAGUUAGUUCGAUUAUUCAUCAUGCUGAAGAACAACUUCGACAAUUAAUGGAACAUGUCAUUCAAAGUGGAAGACUUAUGUUAUAUGAAACUGCUGAACAAGAAUUCGAGCGAAUGUAUCAAAAUACAAUUAAAUUUGUUCGAGAUGGAUUCAGUCUAAAUGAACGUCUUAAACAAGCUAUGAAACAUAUUUAUACAAAUUAUAAUAUUUAUGAAAAAGAAUGUUUAGUUGAAUUUUCUUCAAUUGAUACUCAUUCUUCAUUGUUAACUGAUCAAACAUCGAUUAAUAAUCCUGAAGAUGUUUUUGUUUCAUAUUUUACUAAGUUAGCUUAUCAAAAACCUUCCGUUACCGCACAUCAUUUUAAUCCAACAGGAAUACCAACUUAUUCUCUUGAUAUUAUCAAUAGUCUCAAUUAUUUAAAUCGAAACUUACUCGAACACGAAUUUCGAACUUUUAUCCAUCAAUCAAGUUCUCAAAUAGGAAAUAAUAAUAAAUGUCAAGAUACUGAUCGAGAAAGAUCAGUAUAUUCAAUAUCAAAUUCUUCAUCAUGCUAUCAGUCACGUGAACAUCCAAAUUUAACCUCUACUGAUCAGUUUCAAAUACAAAUUAGACAAGCUAUUGAAAAUCAAAAACCAAUGAUGUUAGGAAGAUCAGCUGCAGAUGAACAACAUAUGUAUUUAGGACUUUCAGGAAUCAUUCGAGAAAUAAUUCGACGAAUAAUACAAACAAUACAAGGAGUAAACGGUGGUCAGGUACGACAAAUUCGAACUGAAUUAAUACAAAAAAUAGUUGGAUCGAUUAAUACGUUAAUUAUUGAAAUUAAAACAGAAUUAAGUCCAUUUUGUUUAGAAUUAUCUCGUCAGUUAAAAUCAACAUUACACACAUGUGCUAUUAUAUUAUUAACAAGAUAUUAUUAUAAUGAACAGAUCAAUCAUUUCAACCAAAUUUUAGCUAAUUUCGAACGAAAAAAGUCAGAUUUAAAAGAAUAUUUUAUUACUAAUGUGUGUUCUAAUAGUUCAAGAGAUAAAAAUUAUGCUAUUAAUCUUGCACAACAAUUUAAAGAUUAUCUAAUUCAAUCAUUAUCAAACGAUGGACAACAAAUUAUUACUCGAGGCUCUAAACAAUAUGAAUGUCUUAAUCGUAAAUGGAUACAAGAUCGUCUUGAUGGUCAAUUAGAAGUAAAUAAUAACAUGACCUGGUAUUCUGAUUAUAUAUCAAAUCCAACGAAAAUUAUUGAACAAUUUUUUAUUGAAUUAUGGACUAAUGUGAAAAAGGAAAUUGAUCAAAAUUUAUCAGAACAAAAAGCAUUUUAUAUAAAAAUAAUCAACGAAUUUUUUUAUUGUAUUCAAGGUAUGUUGGAUAGUGUACGCCAUUUAGGUGCACCGAACAAACUGAUCGAUAAAAUAUUUCAAUCUAAUGAAAGAAAUGCAUCGAACAUCAAUGAUGAUCUUAACGAUAAAAAUCAAUGUAUGGUUAUGAUAUUAUGUCAAUAUCUAACUGAACAAAGUAUUCAGUUAUCAUUAACGGUGAAUGGGACAGUUUAUCAUAUUGGAAGAGAUGCUUUUAAUGCGUUUCAGUUGUUAGUUGAACAACGAAGGCCAAGUAAUGAGUUAGCGAAAAUAAUUAAAGGAAUUUCUUUGGUUUUCAAGAAUAUUUCUAUUAGUAAUUUGAUAGCAUUUCUUGAAGCUUUAUUAACUGAAAGAGAAAAAACUCUUCAUGAUUUUAAUCAAAUUCCAUGUAGUUUUGAUCAUAUCGAUCAACAUGAUACCUAUGCACGAUUAUUAGAUAAAGUUCGUGGAUGUCCAGAUCUUUGUCCAUGUUGUCGACGACCUUGUGAUGUUGAUCAUACACAAAUUAAAUCAAAUCCUGGUUCAUUACAUAAUGAACAUCGUUGUCAAUCUGGUCAUAAUUUACGUGCAAUGAAUGGUUAUAAAUUUGAAACAACUAAUGAACCAUCAUUAUUAAUGUGUGAACAAAUUAAAGAUGAUCAAAUUAUAGUUAUUGGACCAAGACGUUAUCAAUGGUCAGAUUUUAAACAAAAUCAUCCCAAUUGGAUAUUUGAAUCAAUAUUAAAUGAUGAUGAAUUAAAUCGUUUACAUGGCAAAUUUUUAACUAUUUGGAGAAAAAUUGGAAAAGAAAUUUGUGAUAAAUAUCAUAUGAAAUAUGUUAAAUAUAAUACAUCAUUAAAUAUUGUUCAUGAAUCAUUUCAUUACAUUCUUUUGCUUGAUGGAUCAGGAUCAAUGAGUGGACAAAGAUGGAAAGAUUUAAUGAAUGCUGUACAACAAUUUUUAAUACGUCGCUCAGAAUUAAAUACAUGUGAUCGUAUUUCAAUUAUUGUCUUUUCGAGUACUGCUAAUAUUAUCUAUUCAAAUGAAGAUAUCCGAAACAUUAAUGUUAAUAGUAUUUGUUAUCCAGGUGGUGAUACAUCGUUUCGUGAUGCAUUUGAAUGUGUCAGUAACUGUAUGACCUAUUCAGAAAGACACGCAGCUCACCAUUCUGUUCAUCAUAAAUUUGCCAUUGUUUUUAUGAGUGAUGGUGAAGGUUUAUAUCCAGAUUAUGAAUUGAAACGUUUAAUAAAAGAACAUGGACCAGUGAUCAAACGAUUUUGGACUUUAGCAUUGGGUAUUAACCAAGUCUCUUCGUCGAUGAAUGUUUUAGAAAAAAUUAAUGAAAAAAUGAAUGGUUCUUUCAUUGAUAUUGCAACAUCAAUAGAUUUACUUAAAGCUUAUGCAGAGGUCGCAAGUUUCAGUCAAUAG